AUGUCUCAUCCGCCGCCCGCGGACGGCGCCUUGGCAUCUUCAACGGUCUUCAUGGCUACUCAAACUCCCCGUGCGCUCAUGGAGUCAGCCAUGCCCCAGUCUGGACAGCCGCAGUCCAAAAACCCGACGGAAGAAGUGACGCCAGACAAUGCACUCUCCACCGACGGCAAAGCCUCGCGGCUUCAAAAGCGUCUUGAGUUUCACCAACAAGCCCCACCCACCCCUCUCAAGUCAACACCCGCCGCCUCCAAAAGCUUUUCACAACAAGGACUAGACUUGGACGCCACUCCGUUUAAAAAGUUUCCUUCGUCCUCCUCCUUGGCCCUAACACCCACGGACAUUCCUCUCUCGUCGAGCAGCGACGAAGAUGAAUGCCCAUCUCCCAAGGAGGCGGCGUCACCUACCGCGCGCCAGCUGCCACAGCCUACACCACAACCUUCAGCCAGCACCCCGUCCAAAACCCCCAAAUCCGCGACCAAAGCUGCCAAGAGCCCGCGACGCACCUCAGCGACCGCUCAACCAGAUGCCGAAAGUGAUGCCGAGCUCCCCGCACAUUUGACUGAGCGUCAACUCAUGCGCCUGCUUCAGGAACGAGACCGGCGUGAGCAAAUGCUGAGCAACGUCUACAAGCGCAACCAGCAGGGUGAAACCCCCUUGCACGUCGCAGCCAUCGAGGGGGAUCUUAAUCUGGUCCGCGACCUCAUCAAGGCCGAGGCCCCCAUCAACGCCACUGACAAUGCCGGGUACGUUCUUGUGGUCUUGAGAUUGUCCCUCGUGGUUGGUGACGACGUCUCUGAUCGGACAACUCUUGCCGCAUCCCUCAGGUGGACCCCCUUGCAUGAAGCGUGCAACCACGGUCACUUGGAAAUCUCUGAACUCAUGUUGGAGAAUGGGGCCAAGGUUGACGCCAAGGGCAUGGGUGACGACACGCCCCUCCACGACGCUGCCAUGAAUGGUCACGAUGAUGUCAUUACCCUUCUCUUCAAAUUUAAUGCCAAUCCCAACCCGUACAACAAACAGGGCAAAACUCCCCUAGACGUGGCGUGCGACGAAGAAACCGAGGACUUGCUUCGUUCCUUUGGCUGCAUUCACGGUUCCCUGCCCACCAAGCGCCGCAAACCUAAGAAGCCGAAGCGCGCAGAGCCAACCACCGCUGAAACUCACCAGCCCGCGGCCACACAGGCCAGCAAGGCUGAGCCCGCAACGUCUUCAACGCCCACCCCCAACAGUGAUGCGACGCCAGCCCCUUCUGCACCUCGUCCAUCUAUGCCAGCAAGCAAGACAGCACAGGUUCAGCAGCCGCAGGAUCGUUCCGUGGCGUCUGUACCAGGUCCGGCUGAAGCGACCUCGCCAGCGGCAGCAUCCACCGCCAGUUCUUCCAAGGCUGCGGAGCGCAUGCGCAAGGAAAAGUCCAGAAGCAAGAAACACCGGGAAGGAACUGCGCCGACAGGCGCUUUCCCCAGCGCACCCAGCACGUCACAGCCUGGCAAAGCAAGCAGCCUCGGCAAAAAGCCGAGCCAGAAGGCGCCUCGUAGCCUGAAAUCCGCAACGAAGCCCGCAAAUGACUCAACAGGUCUUGCCACAUCGAGCAGCCAGACCAUGGUGCCGCCAUCGGCUGCUCACAAGAGCAAAGCCACCGUGCAAGCCGCCGCCACACCGGCACCGAUCCCCGUCAUCGUCUCGUUCAAGAGUCUUAAGAAGCAAGCCAUUCUUGCUCAACGUCGACGUGCAGCUGCUCAAGCAAACUCCACGUCAAGCUUGGACAGAGCCCAAACCAAGCAGAGCCCUCCAUCCGUGACUUCACCCGUCGCGGUGCCCAAGGCCGUGUCAGCUCCUGACGAGGCCACGCGCUCCCUAGCACAGCCCACACCAAAACAGCAGCUUAUGCCCAAGCCGGCGGCUUCUAGUCCCGCGGCUGCCAAGCAGCUGCCGACGCAAAAGCAACAGCUGAAACAACUGCAGAAGCAGUUACAGCAGCUUCGAUCCAAGCCAUCAUCUACGACGCCGACAGUGUCAAUAGCCAACAGAGCUGAGCCGGCCGAACCAAUGCUGCCACGGCCUGCUGAAUUGAAGCACGGCCAGGAGCGUCAAUCGGAGAUUGGCGUGCUGGCGCUACAGACGCAGACGCAGGCGCAAGCAAAGCCUGCCCGCGAAAGUGGUGAAAAUGAGGCGCCAGUGCCGAAACGGCCGCAUCGACUGUCAAUAACAGAAAGCAGCCAGCCCAUGGCUACGAGCGAGCCGUCCACCCCCACGACAACGACGACGCCCGAGCCACUGCCCGGAUCGGCCACCAGCGCUGUGGGGCCUGCAUCUACUCACAACUCACCCGCGACAUCGCCACCGGCCGUGCCCACACCGGUCGUAACACCACCCAAAGCGCCAAAGGCUAGCAAGCCGUCUCGGCCCAAGGCCAAAUCGUCUUUGGUGCCAUCCUCGGAAUCGUCUCCUCUAUCGCCACCAGACGUGUUUUUCCAAAAAGACAGCCGCUGCCCCACGGUGCGCAUUGGUCCUAAGGAUCAAGGCGCUACACAGCGCCAUUUUUGCGAGCUCUGGCAGCAGAAAGAGGCGGCUCAUCUCUGCUACGACGCCGCUCGCGAGGCCUUGCAUGCCGAGCAGCGCACGGAGCGUUUGCAGAUGGUCCGAGCCCAGGCACGGGUGGUAGAGCAUUUGCUGGCUACGUUUUAUCGCGACCAUCAGCGUUUGCAAACGACGUUUGAUGCCUUGCGUGCGGGACUGAUUUCGGAGCGGGAUGCGGCGUGCAGUCCGUACAUUCAGUACAAGCGUUCGACGGCGCGCGAGCCCCACUCGAUCGACACGAGCUCGUCACUGUACGCGUUGCAGCUGGCUUAUCAACGGCUCAGCCCUCUUGCUGACUUACUGAAACAAUUUCAUCUUUGGCACCUCGCGACCAGUACGACGGCGGCUGCGACCACGUCACCGGCGCCACGGCGCUCAAACCUCAUGAGCGAUAGCGCCGGCCCUCCCGACUUGGAACGGGCAUCUUCCAUUGUGGUGCCCCGGCAUUAUCUGCCUCAGUCAGUCUCCGAUCCGCCCCUUGAUGACAGCUACCAUCUCUGGGAGGAAGACGAGCUGCUCCUCGAGUCUGGCGGUGAGCGUCCUCUGCUCGUGCAGCCGCGUCGCACCUCGCUCCCGGCAGGGUUUGAUACCGAGCUGGCCGAGGGCUCGGCUGGGCAUGGCCAUCGCGUCGGCUUGCACGAGGUUCUGACCUGCACAGAUAGCCCCUACCGUGUCGACCGCAACGCCUUGCCCCAUUCCUUAACUCUCCAGCGCGGACCCUCGGCGCUGACCUCCAUCCUUGCACCCUUGACCCUGCCCCUCUACUGCUUGGGCCUCGCCACUCCCAUUCGCGAAUGGGAGAUUAAAUACGAUGCCGAAUACGGCCAGCUUGUGCUCCUCCGCCACAACCGCAAUCUCCUCUGCACCACCAGUGAAGACUUUGGCUCCAUCGACAACAUUCUCUUUGACACAAACACCAACGAGCUCGUCGCCGUUUUUGCUGACGGCUCACAAGUCGCCAUAGCCAGCUCUAGCCUUCCCAUUUGCACCGCCCACCAUGCCGCCUCUCGCGCGGCCUUUGCCGAUGAUGUACAAAUGCUCAUUGCUCAAAACUCCAUGUAA